AUGACGCCGCCUCGCCCUUUCGCUCGCCUCGCUGCUCUCGUCGUGCUCGCCGCUGUGCCCACUGCUCUCGCUGCGCCGACCGCGACCGAUCCCUGCGCCAAGGUGGCUGGCAAGACGUUCGUGCCCCCCGCGGACGCGCUCGCCUGUCUCAAGGCCUUUCCCCUCAACGAGACGAUCCGGGACAACGUCUUGACCGUCGUGGACCGCGUCUUCAACUUCUACACCUUUGAGGACUACUACCUGAACUCGCCCCCGCCCUUCCAGGAGUCGACGGUGAACAUCCGCGCGCAGAUCGCGCGUCAGCGCACGGCCAAGUACAAGACGGACUACGACUUCAACCACGACCUCUACCUCUGGACGAGCCAGCUCAACGAUGGCCACACCCGCUGGUUCCCCUCCUGCACGACCGCGUACCAGAACCUGCUCCCCGCCCCCGUCGUCACGCUCGAGGUCAACGGCGUGCAGUCCGUCUUCGUCGCGCCCGACUCCGCGGACUUCCUCGCCCUCCUCGGGGACGACUACACCGGCUACUUCGACUCGAUCGGCUUCGACUUCCGCCGGCUCGCGGGCGCGCGCGUGCUCAAGAUCGCGGGCCAGGACCCGUACGCGUACGCGGACAUGAUCGCGCACACCCAGUCCGGCAACUACCUCGACCACGGCGUGCGCGUCAACAGCGCGUUCAGCAGCUACCGCAUCUCCGGCACCGACUUCUCCCAGCGCUUUGGGGACAUCGCCGGGCCCGCGUUCCCGGACCUGGAGAGCCUGACGAUGGAGCUCCUGCUCGUGAACGCGACGAAGCCGGAGACGGUCACGAUCCCGUACCUCGCGAGCUACGCGGGCGGAGUCGACUUCACGAACAAGGACGACUUCUGGGCCAACCUGUGCGCGGCGAACAACGGGACUAAUGGAGUCGACUUCAAGGCUUCGGGUGCCGGGGCGCACGCGUCCCCCUCGCGCAACGGCAAGCUCGCGAUGGCAAAAAUCGUGACUGAUGGCAAGGCGUCGCAGUCGGUCGGGCUCCCCACCGAGUUCCAGCCGACCGUCCCUCAGGUGAACGGCAGCACGGGCGUGAUCAAGUCGUACAUGCUCGAGGACAAGAAGACGGCCGUCAUGUUCGUCGGCUCCUUCGAGCCCGACGACUUCGACUCGUUCCAGACCGACACCGUCGCCGCCUUCGCGGACUUCAAGGCCGCGGGCGCGACGCGGCUCAUCGUCGACCUCUCGAACAACGGCGGCGGGUUCGUCUGCCUCGGCCACUUCCUGCACGAGUUCCUCUCCGGCACGAAGAGCCUCGGGGGCUUCCAGAACCCGGGCUACCAGUCCACGAUGCGCGCGAGCCCGCUCGCGCAGAAGAUCCUCGCGAGCGACAUCGCGCUCGGCCUGAACGGCAGCUUCUCGUUCUACACCCCGGACAACUGGGCGUUCCUCAACAACACCGGCAUGCCGCUCGACUUCGACUUCAUGACCCCGAGCACGACCCGCACGAUCAACGGGAAGCAGUUCGUCGAGUCGCAGCGCUUCGCGGACGUCUGCCCGGUCGUUGUUGACAUCCCUGAAGAGCCGUUCUUCCCGCCUGAGAACAUCGCGAUCGUCGGCAACGCCAACUGCGCGUCGACCUGCGCCAUGUUCAGCACGCUCAUGAACGAGCGCCACAACACCAAGAUCGCCAUCUUCGGCGGGAAGCCCGGGCUGCAGAUGCAGUUCAAGGGUAUGGCCGGCAACCAGGUGCUCGAGUGGUUCGACAUCGACUCUGAGGUUAAGACCGCGAACCUCAAGGACGACCCGCUCGCGCCGCCCGAUCUGCUCAUCAACGCCAACUUCCGCCACAACUGGCGCAUUGCGUACAGCUUCCUCGACGAGUCGACCCCGAUCGAGUACAAGUCCGAGCUGCCACACUUCCGCUUCCCGUACACGCCUGAGACGUACAACAACCCGCAGGCCCUCUGGGAUUUCGCGUGA